UCACUUUCCGACCAUUUGGCCAACAGUGCCUUACCGAUCACGAAAAUCGAGCCAGCUUCGUCUGUCAGCCAAAUCAACUAGUUGUCAAAAUUUUCGGACGCACCUGUUGCGGUUCCUCUUGCGAAAGUUUGCGUUUGAUGAAAAGGCCGUGGUGGAAAUUCGGUUUGAAUUAAGGCAUGCCGAGAGCUUUUCUACUUACCAACCGACGUUACAAUUUGGAAGAAAUGACGCAUACAGGCGAUCACAACAGUGACCAACAACACGUGAACGGAAAUGAAAAAUUUCAAGGAUCACCCACAAGAGCACCAGAGAACAUAUUCGGAUGUCCAGAUGAGCUUUAUAACCUGACCAAGUUAGCGGAAAUUGCCGUUGCAACAGGGGAAAUUCUCGACCAGAAAAAGUUCCUGAGCGAAUGUUCUACAUCUGCCACAGAAACUUUUUAUUCCGGAUAUACCCACAAGCUCUUCGACAAAUCCUCGAAAAUCCCAAGACCGCAUUUGAACAAGACAUUCUCAAAAUCAUCACCUGUUCAUCAAAAAAAUGGAGAGGAUUCCCCAUCCACCAGUGAACAAGGCGAUCAUGAAUGUCCGGAGUGUGGCAAAUCAUACAGCACUUCCUCCAACUUGGCUCGUCAUCGUCAAACUCAUCGCAGUCCAGCCGACAAAAAGGCAAGAAGAUGUCCACAUUGCGAUAAACUCUACGUCAGUAUGCCCGCAUUUUCUAUGCACGUCAGAACGCACAAUCAAGGUUGCAAAUGUCAGUUUUGCGGAAAAUGUUUCUCAAGGCCGUGGCUACUGCAAGGGCACAUCAGGACGCAUACAGGGGAGAAGCCCUUCAAGUGCACCAUCUGCAGUAAAGCGUUUGCGGACAAGUCCAACCUACGUGCACAUAUCCAAACACAUUCCAACACCAAACCGCACGUUUGUGGGAGAUGCGGCAAGGCCUUCGCCCUGAAAUCGUACCUCUACAAGCACGAGGAAUCUUCCUGCAUGAGGAUCCACGGCAGAAAUUCCCCAGCCGCAGCUGAAAAAUGUAAGGCAUCACCAACGCCUGUGAUCGUCUCGGUGGGCAAGGUCGAUGCCAAAACAGAGAACAAUCCGAAGCCAUCGGUGAUAUACAGAUCGACUGUCAUAUCGCCAAACCCCGAGCGUUUGCUCUACUCCAGAUUGCAGCACCCUUCCAUCAUCAUGAGCACUGGUAAAUCUGUCCCUUAUUGUAUUUCACAAGAUCAGCCUAUGGAUUUCUCCACAGGUUCGAAGAAAACUUUCGAAGAGAAUAAGGUAUCCUGUAGUCCAAACAGGCCAGCCGAGUUUGGCGUUGUUAGAGCUAUUGCCGUUUGAUUAUGAGCAUUCGUUUGAUUUGAUCGUGCAUUUAUACUCUCGAUUCCUUGUAGGGACCAUACUAUAAUUUUGAGUGUUGUGAAAUUGUUGAAAGUCAAGAAUUAAAGAUUUAGUUACCGA